UUCUUUUUUGUUCGGCCUACCCACUUUUUUCUCAUAGUUUUGCUUCCAAAGUACCACAACUGUUGUACAAGCAGGUGAAGGAGGAGAAAGAAAAUGUUAAGCCUAGCACUGGGGUCAUCAGUUGCUGCAAUGAACAAGGUUUCCAUACAUUAUACUGUGAAUUAUGGUAAUGGUAGUGGGAAAUCCACAGCCACACAGUUUGGCUUUAUCAAGGGAUCACAGCAACCACCAUCUCUCCUUUCCGCUACUACCAAUAUUUCUUCCUCCUUUAAGACUGCCGUUGCCGCUGUUGAUUCCAACGAUCUCACUUCCUCUCCCACUCCUCCUGACAAGCAAGAAGCCAACAAGUACUACUUUGUUGUUGCCAAUGCAAAAUUCAUGCUGGAUGAAGAGGAGCACUUCAAGGAGCUCUUGUUUGAGCGCCUUCGUAACUAUGGAGAGCGUAAUAAGGAGCAGGACUUUUGGCUUGUGAUUGAGCCCAAGUUCUUGGACAAAUUCCCUAACAUCACCAAAAGACUGAAGAGACCCGCUGUUGCUCUAGUCUCAACUAAUGGCACAUGGAUGACGUUUAUGAAAUUAAGGUUGGACCGUGUUCUAUCUGAUAGCUAUGAAGCUGACACUCUAGAAGAAGCAUUAGCCUCGAAUCCUACCACUAUAGAGUUUGAGAAGCCAGAAAACUGGGUGGCACCAUAUCCAAAGUAUGAAUAUGGAUGGUGGGAGGCCUUCUUGCCUGCUGAAUCAAGAGAAUCAAAAGUAUAGAACAUUUUGCCUAGUUGGUUUUCUGUCGUCUUACCAAGAAGGAUUUUCAUUGUAUCUUAGAUAAUAGCACCCUUAGCUGCUGGAAUCUGCAUGCAGCUUUAUGAGUUGGUAAGAUGGUCAAACUUGUUAAGAGCCUUGUAUGUUUGAAAGAUUUUGUAACUUGAUAUCUAUAAUUCAGCAAAGAAGUGUCUUUAAAAUA